AAAAGAAAAUGGAAACGGAUGUGCCAAAAAUGUAUAAAUAAUUAAUUUUAUGGCUAUCCGCCUAUAAUUAAAAUACUUUUAACUGACGAAUUAUCUUUUACUACUCCUAUAGACCGUGUAAUUAUUCAUUUACUUUUUAUUUUUACGAAUAUAAUUAAUUUAUCCAUCAGUAUCUUUGUUUAAGUGUAAAUAAUUUUCAAAUUUUUGGUCACCAUUUUGUUUAUGAAGACGCCAUUUUGCUAUACUUAGGAAUUACGCUGAGGCAUUCCCUUUUAUUAUUAGAAAUCACGGAGAACGAUCGCUAAAAUAAUUUUCAUAAUUAUUAAUUUAAGUUAAAUACACAAUCUAAAAUGCCUCCUGUUAAACAUUAUUCGUCUAGUGAAGUGAAUCAGUAUGAAUUAUCGUCAAGAUUAUUGUCUUUAACCGAAAAUACAUCGUAUACACUUACACAAAUCAACGGGCAAAGGAUUUAUAGGAAAGCUCCUCAUGCGUGGUCAGGUCCGGAGCCGUCUAGAAGCUGUGAGGUAUUCAUCGGAAGGAUCCCUCACGACUGCUUUGAGGACACGCUGGUGCCGCUUUUCCAGCAGGCGGGCGAACUUUUCGAGUUCCGACUCAUGAUAAAUUUUUCCGGUUGGAAUAGAGGGUAUGCGUUCGCGAUGUACACGACCGACGCGGAAGCUGGCAACGCAAUCCGUUUGUUCAACAACUACAUGAUAAGACCUUCUUGGCAAUUGGGCGUGUGUCCUUCGAUCAACAAUUGCCGCAUAUUCAUAUCUCGCAUCCCGCCGACGACGGCGUCGGCGGAGAUCGUGCGGCUGCUGUACGCGCUGACGGACGAGGUGCAGGAGGUGCGCAUCCGCCGCUCGGUGGCGUCGUGCGCCGCCAUCGUGGAGUACCGCUCGCACCGCGGCGCCGCCAUGGCGCGCAAGGCGCUGGUGGCGGCGGCCGCGGCGGCCUGGGGCGCGGGCGCCCGGCCCGCCGUCGACUGGUCGCUGCCGCAGUCGCCGCAGCUGCUCAAGCAAUACCGGGAGAUCGGUCGCUGGACGCCGGAGCGCGGCGUGGAGCUGUCGCGCGCGCCGGAGGAGCCGCUGACGAGCUCGCCGCCGCCCGCGGCGCCGUCCUACACGCUGGAGCCGUGGUCGCAGGCGCGCCGCCUCCGCAUGAUACACGAGGCGCAGCGUAACGCCGCGGCCGAGUGGUCGACUCGCAUGUCGAACGGUACCGAGGGCCUGCUGUCGUCCAUGUCGGCGCUGUCGCUGGGCGGCGGCGGCGGCGGCGGGCUGCGCGCGGGCGAGCGCGGCGUGUGGUCGGCGGGGUGGGCGGGCCCGGGCCCGGCCGCGCCGCCCGCCGCCGCGCCGAGCGACUUCAACCCCUGGACCGCGCGCCAUCCGCUGCAGGAGUUCAUCGCCAACGGCAAGCACGCCCAGUGAGUACGCACUCACCACGAUGCACUAGCUUGGGACGGGGGCAUGGAUUGUAGCACGAUUAUGCAGCGCUUUGUGUUUGCUUGCGCGUUAGCUUUUGUUAUUUCUUUGACUGAAUAGUAGAUGGAUAAUAAUACGCACAUAUUAAAGUGUUAAUGCGAAAAACUGUAUGAAAUAAUAAUGAUAUGAACAACAUGGAAUAGUGAUAAAGCUGCAUAAUUAUUCUGCAAAACAUGCCAGCACGAAUUUCAUUUGAUUUUUGUUGAUGUUGAUUAAUUUAUUGCAUGAAUUAAGAUUGCACUGUUUGUUUAUGACGCGUUUGUUCGUUGUAUGUUGGAGUGCGAGAGAUAAACACAUGGCAACUGAUGUUAACACAUUAAUUAGCCAAGAUAAUUCUUUGUAAAAUGCACUUGACAGUCAAAUGGACUUAGUCUAAUUAAUCUAGAAAUGUAUGUGUGGGCUUGGUAUAAAGUACUCAUGUAUAUUGUAAUUAAUGCAUUUACGUUAUUUACGAUUAUAAUUAAAUGGUUACAUACCUCCUGUUCCACUAUAUAGGUCAACAAGCUAUAAUAAGCUAGCACUUCAUUGUUCCUGUGAAUAAACAUUAGUCUCAGUAUUUCGACUAUGAUACAAGAUGUUUAAUGUCUGGAUAACGAAAUUUGCAUGGCCAUGGUGUACUUUGAAAUUACUCUAAACGGGAUUAAGAGUAAUUUAACCUUAUAUUAUAUGGAUUUAGUCAAAUUUUCUGUCAAAGAUGCUUUUAUCUUGAUGUCUUGGUCUGUUUUUAUACUUCAAUAUUCAUGUGCCUAAAAUCAUCAGGGUAUGAGGUAUCACAAAUUUGAUGUACAACCGCUAUGCGUUGACUAUUGUUGUUUCUAGAUAACUAAUAAUGAAAUUAUUAACUCUGUAUCUUAUUACAAUAGCUGAGCUUGCAAAUUGUGUGGUUAUAGCAUUUUUCUGAUAUGGAAUGUUUGAUAUUAGGUAAAUGGUUAUCAUUUCACAACCUGUUUCAAAUUUAAUGCAUUGUUAAUAACGCGAACUAAUUUUAUUAUCCGAAUCGGAAGAUUUUAGCUUGUGACACGAUUAACACUAGUAUAAUGGUGAAGGGUUAAAAAGUUUUAUAAAUUAACCGGUAAAUAGUAAAAGCUACUAAUCCCAUGGCUUGAACAUUUUUGUACAUUGUUUUUACUGAUGCACUGUGUCUGAUUUGAUCUCUCGCGCUCCCGGUAAUGUCUAAGAGAGGUAAAUGUAGUUUUUUAAUUUUCGACUUUAUUUUAAUUUAAUCCUAAAUGUAUUUUAAUUAAGAAUCCAAUUGAAUGGCGUAAUUAUUUAUGUAAAUUCGAAGCUUUUAUAAGGCAACAUCGGUAUAUUUAAGCAUGAGUCUUCAUAUUGUAAUGUUAGAAUACGCAUUAAGGGCAACCGUGUGUCGCCGAGGCGCGCCCAAUGGCGCCGCGUCACUGGCUUCUUUCAUUUUUGAUGUUUUUUCAACGAAAUAUUCAUGUUGUAAUUUACUAUUACUGUGUAUGAAUAAGUCUAUUUAAAAUCAGGUUUUAAGUAAAUCAAUUUGGAACUGUUUUCUCAGCAAUUAUUUAAAUGCAGCAUUAUGAAAUUAUCUAUCUAGUACGAGCGAUUAUCGUAACUAAAUGUAAACAUUUUGUAGCGACACAAAAUGAAUUUAUCUCUCGACGUUUUGUCUCAUUUUUAAAUAAUAUUGCAUGCCAGUGUUGAUUAAUAAAUUUAA